GCAAAGGCGAAAUGCCUUCGUGGACUGCGUGGCCCAAGCAGACGAAAGUCGACUGUCGUUCUAUUCGGUGCGGGAAAUUCGGUGCAGCUUACGCAGUGGGCCCACGGAGACCCAUUUUAGCUCAGCAGCUGCAGCAGCCCGGGCUUGCAAGGCAUUCCAGCAGCAGUGUGGCAGUACCAUCGGGACCCUGGUGCAGUGCUGAACGUUGCAGUUUAUGCUGGUGGACGGGGGUGAGCAGGCGAAUGGGUUGUGCUUUUGGAGAACCCAUUCCUGGAAUUUCGAAAUUUCUGUGGGCUGCAGUGGAUUAUUAACGGAUGCGUUAAUUAGAUAUAAAAAAAGUGCAGGGGAUAUUUAAAGUGUACAGCAGCAAAAAGUGUUCCGGUAGUGUAUAAUAUAAAGCUUCUAGUAAAAUGUUCAUCACCCAGUGGCUUUAGUAUUAAGUGGUGUGCGCGAUUUUCAAUCACAAUUAAAAUAGCAAUUAAAUGAGAUGAAUGUGUAAAAUGUAGUGAUUUCUAGAAUAAAUGCCAUAAGGAUAGUUCCUGAAAUUUUGAAUUACGAACAGUACCGUUGCAGUACGAAUCGAAGUGUACCGCUGAAAUGUAUGAAUAGAAGAGUACCGCUGCAAUCAUAGAGAACGAGAGAGCUGCGGUUCUUUACUCCACAGAUCACAUUCAACACCUAUCCUACGCAAUGCCAUGAUCCAGUUAUAACCAUUGUUGAAAGCACCUGUUUGCACAAUCUUGCCCAAUCGCAAUAGGGCCAAAGUAAGAAAAGGCUUCGUCUCUCUGUGUAAAUAAUCUACUCUGUAAUUGCCACUUCGCACCGCAAAAGAGAUGGCCGCCUUCGCUGCAAUUAAGGAUCGCGCUUCCAACGUGUUCGGCGGGAUCGGAGGAUUCGAGAAGUUUCAGAUGCCGCCGCAACACGGAUACGAUCAGAUGGGCGGAGCUGGGCUAGGCGAAGGUCCCACCUACGUACCGGCAGACGACGGAGGAGGUGACUCGCCAGUUUCGUUCGAGGAAAUUGAACGGCCACCGUUGCGUCACAUCGAUAAGUACGUCCGAGCGGAAUGUCCCUGCAUUAAAACGACCCGCUUCACGGUCGCCCUGAUGACCUGUCUGGGGUUCAUCAUUUCCUUCGGUAUGCGGUGUAACAUGGGAAUGGCCAAGCUGCAGUUCGAGCAUGGGGAAGUCAAAUACAACUGGACCGUCGCCAUGGAGAGCGCUGUCGAUUCGUCCUUCUUCUGGGGUUAUCUGGUGACGCAGGUGCCUGGGGGUUUCCUGGCGUCUAUGCUGCCUGCUAAUCGCAUCUUUGGCACUGCCAUAGCCUGCUCCUGCUUCCUAAACCUGCUCGUCCCAGGUGCAAUGAUGCUUCAUCCGACGGUGGUAAUCCUGGUCCGUGUGCUUCAGGGACUCGUUGAGGGUGUAACGUAUCCCGCCUGUCAUGGUAUCUGGCGAUUUUGGGCUCCCCCACUGGAACGGUCCCGGCUGGCAACCAUGGCUUUCAGUGGCUCAUACGCGGGUGUAGUGAUAGGUAUGCCCAUGUCCGGAAUUCUGACUGGCUGGAUCAGUUGGCAUGCUCCGUUCUAUUUCUACGGACUCAUGGGCUUAGUGUGGUACUGUUUCUGGCUGUGGUUGUCUUUUGAAAAGCCUCGACAGCAUCCGACAAUCACCUUAAAAGAACUGAAGUACAUCGAAAAGUCACUUGGAGAAUCGGUUCAGCUACCGAUGCCGACAAUGGCGACGACACCCUGGAGGGCCAUGGCCACCAGCAUGCCAGUCUAUGCCAUCAUUGUGGCGAACUUUUGCCGUUCGUGGAACUUUUACCUGCUCGUACUGUAUCAAAGCGCAUAUCUUAACCAUUCGUUUAACUUUAGGAUUGAAGAGACUGGUAUUUUAGGAGCACUGCCUCAUCUACUGAUGACAAUUAUUGUACCAUUCGGAGGUAUGUUGGCCGAUUUCUUGCGGAAGUCCGGAAUAAUGACGACUACUAACGUCCGUAAGCUUUUCAACUGUGGCGGCUUCGGAUUAGAGGGACUAUUCUUCCUGGUUGUGGCACAUGCAACGAGUUCAACGGGGGCGAUAACUGCUUUAACAAUUGGAGUAGCUUGUAGUGGGUUUGCCAUCUCUGGAUAUAAUGUAAACCAUCUUGAUAUUGCUCCGCGCUAUGCCAGUAUUCUAAUGGGUGUGUCUAACGGUAUUGGAACCGUUGCUGGACUCAUAUGUCCGAUAGCGAUUGACCAUUUGACGAGAGGUCAGCCCAAAUCCUGCUGGUCAACGGUGUUCACGAUAGCCGCCACCGUUCAUCUGGUUGGUAUCACCUUCUAUGGCAUAUUCGCAUCCGGUGAACUGCAGUCGUGGGCCGAACCGACGAUGGAGGAGCAGAAAGCCUGGGAUCCGAUGGCUAGCGGGUACGAAAAGGAGACCACCUUUACCGACCCGAGCGGCGCAGCUACUAUGGGAGGAGAUCCGGGUGGCAUGGAUCCUUCGGCCCAGAUUAAUAGCACCAAACCGGCAGGUUACGGUGCCAUGUCGCACGUUGCCGGUAAUCCUUUCGCGUCGGCGAAUUUCGUCAGUGAAGAGGCUGUACAGCCGGAAGCUAAAGACUCCUACUUACACGGAAACCCGGCCGAGCGUUCAUAUUGACAUGCGCGACUGAAGAAAACCGUCACCUUCAGUUUGAAUUAGAUAGUGUCGAAAGCAGUUACCUAGAAGGGCACCCCAGUAUCAUAAAAGUACGAAAAAUUACAACCCACUAUAGGAAUGUUGACUAAAAUGAGGUUUAUGCUUCGUUUGUUGUGAUCUUUAGGUAAAUAGUUGAUUGCGAAAUAAACGUUCUUUUCUCUGUGUAAUAAGUGAGUGUAAAAGAGAUAGUCAUAUGGAAACAAAUAUUAGACAUUGAUGUAUUCAAAUCUACUUCGGUCUAUUCGCCCAACAAGGAGUGGAAGGUGGUUUUGAAAGGCCUAAAAGUCACAGAGUAGGGAUGUACUCGGACCAUUAUUGAUUCCCGAAAGAUAAACUGAUUGUUCUAUUACUCCAGAAGGUGAGCAUGUAGAUUGAAUAUACCAACGGCUAACCACACUUUAAUGUAUUUAGCUUUUCACGUGCCGUAAUGACGGAUUCUAUAAUGAAUUAACGUGGUAGCAGUUGUUUUGUCAAGUGGAACUGUCGAUGUCGCAUGUAACGAACACAUAUAGCGUUCGCCAUUAUGGUGCGUGAAAAGCUGAAUGGUUUUACUCGAGUAAUAAAAGUCGUGGUGAAAUAAAGGAAAAAACAAUGAAACAUUUACCCUGCUUAAGCAAUUACAAUUUAGAUAGUACUAACAAAGUAUCCAACGACUAUUGUUGAACAUUAUUUUAGGCUGCAGAUGUAAGCUACUCUCUAAACUCUUCAUACCAUAACAAAACGAGUUACGGUGAAUGAGCUGAACAAACUUGUAAAUAUUUCUGUCAAAACAGUAGAGAAACCUGCGUUCAAACCAUGAAUCAAAACCAAGCAUUCGUUAAUUCAAAGCACUUUCAAUAUGCUCUAGUGUCGAUACGGUACACGGAUACGAUACGGAAUAAAUCGAAAGCCACAACAAGUUAGAGAAGUAUAUCUUGACAACUAUUAUUUAAUGUAUAACCCCCAAAACAACUAAAACAGUAAAACGUAGUCUAAAAGCGAAAAAAUCUAUCAAUGAGUUUGUAAAAACAAGAAAAUUUCUUUCAACUAAAAGAGUCAAUUUCAAAGUUUUAUACAUUAUAACACAAAACUAUGCAGUAAACGGCAUUACGUUCGGCUGCGAAACAGCGUUAAGUGCAGUUCAACGGUGCAAUUUCGCUAGAAUAAGAUACUACUGUAAGCGUUUAGUUCUAGUAUUCAUCCGAGGUUGCCAGGUUUUUAGGUUUUUGUUUGUUUACGCUAAGAUCAGAAUGUCGCGAAAACUUCUCUAACAGGAGAUAAUUCAAUAUAUUCUAGCGUCCGCCAUUAAUGUUUAAAUCUGGAUACCUGGCAGCACACGAUGUCACAUAACGGUUUGCAUUGCAUUCUGUAUUAUACACACCCAAAGUUUAACUGAUAGGACAUGGAAAUAUGUAAAUUCAAAGAGAUUGAAUGACUGUGUUUUUUAGGAAACAUGAUUUUCGAUUAUAUUUUAGCUCAAGUUGUUAUGCUACAAGGUUCGUUUACUGUUAAUGUUUUUUUGCCCACUAAUAACUUCCAAUUUCUUUCAAAUUGGAAUUCCCUUUCAUCGUUAGUUAUAUGUACACAAAAACAGUUGUUUGAUGAAGGAGUGUAUAAUUUGAUGGAUAACCCAAAUUGCGCACAUGCACAAAACGACAAUGACAGUUUACUGGUUUCUCUCAGAUAUGAAUCAAUCACAUGUUUUGCAAAAAAAAAUAUCACUUCAAUCGACGAAAAAAAAAUCAAUUAUAAAUUCCUCUAUAAAUACUUUCCGGUUCUUACUGAUGGAUUAUGGUAACAAAUUAGUCUGAAUUCAGCUCUGAUUUUUACAAUGCGAAACAUGGUAAGUAGUUUCGGCUAUUAAUUAACUGAUCUUCGGUUAAAUAAAUUACUGAAAUUGGUUCGAAUUAAAAUUUUACCGACGUCGUUUUAUGGAAGUGCUACUCAACACGUAUUCUUUGUUUGUUAUACGGACAUCAGGAAAAUGAAAAUACUCGGGCUUUACUGCCGUAAAUACAAAGCUCAAUUUACUUUUCCUCAUUUGUUAAACUUUACUAAUGUUGUUGUUUUUUUUUUUGAGACAAACGAACGAUGAAUGAAUGAGUAAGAUAGCUAAUAAGCGAGAAUUUCAAACAACAAUUUGAGGUGUUCUCACUCUCAAAGGCUGUGUUGACAAUAACAAAUUUUAGGCUUAAGAAAGAAGGUAACCACGGUGAUUUGUGUAUUUUGUUCUUAACGAGAAUGAUUGCAUUGAUUCCCGAAAAGUAAUUUAAUCGUGAAUUCGAAUAACGGCUAGCGUAAGGGUUUCGUUUUUUUUUUUAUCGAUCUGUUUCGAUUAUUUCUAUCGAUUACGCAAAAGCAAAGAAACAAUUGCGAAAGUGACAAAUACAAUAAUAGUUUGUAAGAAGGCGCCCCAAUAGCUUAUUUAUAGAGGGUUCUUGGCUUAGCAGCUAAAAACCAAUAAAUAGAAAGUGUAUCGAUAGCAUAGGCUCAUCAAUGAAACUCAUAUGACAAACGAAACGUAUUAACGUUCAAUAACUGUGAAUGGAGAGCAACUUGUAAAUAACUAGAGUCUCGACGCAUCCAAUACAAAGUAUAUAAAAAUUAAGAGUGUAUAGUUACCAUGUUCAAUAAUUCAAGCCAGUUGGUAUUUGUACAUACUUACAAAACGUUUUAAAUAAUAUUUCAUUUAGACACAUUUGGUUAGUGUGUAAAGGUGCUGAAAUUUACAAUGAAGCGGGUAUUUAUAUUACAUAUGUAUCUACUGACAAUGUUCUGUUGCACAAACUGUAAAAGAGCGACCCCAAAAAUGAAAACAAUUCAAUCUUUAGUGCGAUUUAGUUAGAUUAAUUCUUGUUACAAAUGUUCAACAACAGUUUUGUUAAAAGUUGAAUAAAUUAUAGGAAUGCGUUGGAUUUGCGAGUAACGAAGCAGUAGUGUGAUUUCGAGCAGAGAAAUAAUUGUUCAUUCUAGGAUGCCAACCUAUCUCGAAUGCGGGGCAUCCUCCCUUUCUAGUAGUAUAUCCUUCCCAUGAAAUAAACUAAAACAAAAACACAACAUGCAAUGAAACCACAACACAGAAGACUCCAUAGUCUGUAGAAAAAGCUCGAUGUUAAUGGUUCGUUGCGCUGUACGGUUUUAUUUUACUAUAAUUAAGUGUUGUUGAAUCUUCAAAUAUUUAUUACCUUGCACAACCGUAAAACGAACUGUUCAAAUAACUAUUAUAUAAAAUCUGCCCUCGUGCUUGAAGGUUCUACCCCAACCUAAAUGACGGUGCGGAUUUAGAGUAGAAAUUAAAAAAAAAAAAAACAACGGACAAGAAUAUGAAGAAAAACAUUAUAUCAAAACCAAAAAAUAACUUAAUUGUUUUACGAUAUCUAUAGUAACAAAAGAGAUAUAUUAUAAUAGGAUAUUAAUAAAAUAUAAAUAAUUCAAAGCGUCAGCAAAUCUAGAUCCCCGUGUAAAAAAACUAAUAUUAAACAAAAACUAGUAUAUACUUAAAUGCAUUAAACCUACGCAUAACCACCAUGUGAAAACCCUUCGUUUCUUCAUCGUAUUCGCAUCCUGUAGCUUUAGGUUCGUGUAUUAAAGAUCCCUCCCAGAAGAAGAUGAAAAAAAACGGAACGUAUAAUCAGAAUUAUUGUACCAAACUGUAAGGACUUAGCGGUCAGACUAGGAACACUAGAGCAAGGAAGGACAACCGUAGACACAAUAUUGAACUAUUGGAAAACAAUAUAAACAAACAAUAAAGAUACGUAUAUUAUACUGUUGAACAGUG